AUGAGUAAAUCGUAUCCAAAAUCAACAAAGCUCAUUAUUGGAGGCAAAAGUUAUGAAGGAAGAGAUAUUCUUGGACUUAGAAUAAAAACUCAAUCUAACAAGGAGAAACCUGUCAUGUUUAUUGAAUCUGGCAUUCACGCGAGAGAGUGGAUCACCCCGGCAACAACGACGUAUUUCAUCAAUGAGAUGUUGACAAAUAAUGAUCCUGAAAUUCAACGGCUAAGGAAUGAUUUUGAUUGGCACAUCUUUCCUUCUGUCAACCCUGAUGGAUAUCAUUACAGUUAUACCAGAGACAGAAUGUGGAGGAAGACCCGUUCAAAGUCGUCCAUUUUUUGUAGAGGUGCCGACCCCAAUCGCAAUUGGGAUUACCACUGGAUGGACUACGGUACAUCAAAGGAUCCAUGUGAUUACCAAACAUACGGAGGCUCGAAACCCUUCUCAGAAAUAGAAACUAGGACUCUCUCUGAGUAUAUCUCAAAGCUGGACAACCUCAAGGGAUAUAUUGCUUUCCACGCCGACGCUCAGCUGUUGCUGUUACCGUACUCGGAUUCUACCGAACAUGACCAGUAUUAUGAUGAUUUGAAAAAAAUAGGCCAAACUUCACUUGACUAUGGAUAUGAAGUAAACAAAGAAAAGUAUGAAGGUCCAGCCACAGCAGCCGAACUAUUGUACAAAGCGUCAGGUGGCAGCAUGGACUGGGUUCAUCAGACAGUUGGUACACCUCUGACUUUCACUUAUGAACUAAGGGGAAAUCACUUUCAUUGGCCUUCAAAUAGAAUUCCAGAGCAAGGGGAUGAAGUAACACAAAUGAUGGUUGGAUUGACUACAGAAGCUCGCAAGCUGGGAUAUUUUUCGAAGAAUUGA